AUUACAUGAUUGCACAAGUGACAAGUUAGAAACUUUGAAGUAACAAUGACAAAAUAAAUUAUUAAAACUCUUUCUGUGAUUGUUUUACAAACAUUCUUUUUUUAACGAUUUUAAAUAUAUGUUAUACACGUAUAAUUUAUUAUUGUUACUGUUCGUAGAAAGAUUAAGUGCUUUUCAUGACGUAAAAUAAGAAAAACAAAGGCAAAGCAAGUUUAUGGUCGGCCUUCACAAACUUAUAACUUACUCUUAAGUUACAUCCUACGACAAAUUGUGCUUACAUUAAGCAUAAUGUAUUCUUUCAAGUAAAAUUAUCUCAAAAGUUCUGUUUAAAGAAGUGCUAGUGAUAGUUCAGUUGUUUAACAUAAGAACUAAAAAAAAAACUGUGUUUGAAGCGAACCUAAAUUUUGAUAUCUAAUAAGAAACUAAUUAGUUUGAAUAAUUUUGUGUUAUUUCAUAAAAUUAACAUAAAACAAUAGGUUCUUUCUGUUAUUAAAAAACAUUUAACAAAUCUUAUUUUAUUUAUACAACAAUGCCUCGGAAACUGCUAAAAUUUUUAAUUGUCUUCGACAACACGUCGCUCUUAUAUUUUCCUGGUCAAUUCUUAUCAGGAAAAGUUCUGAUGGAGUUGCAAGACGACACUCCAGUACUUGGUCUACACUUCCAUGUAAUCGGUGAAGGUGUUGUAAGAGUUGGAUCCGGCAGACAUGAGAGGCUGUUUGACAAGGAAAACUAUAUUGACUUCAGAAUGAGGCUUUUGGGUGAACCAGGUCAUGGAGCAUCCGUCCUUUCUCCGGGGAUCCACAGCUUUCCUUUUAAGUUGGGGCUUCCUAUGGGCCUUCCGUCCACAUUCCUCGGUACUCAUGGAUGGGUCCAGUACUAUUGCAAGGCCGCACUAAGAGAACCAAAUGGUCUCACUCAUAAAAAUCAGCAAGUCUUUAUAGUAAUGAAUCCCAUUGACCUGAAUUCUGAACCGCCAGUCCUAGCUCAAGAGUUUGAGCUGAGUGUGGAGCACAAGUUGGGUGUGGGGUGUGUCGGCGGCGGGGUGGUUCAGUGUCGCGUGUCCCUGGACCGGGGCGCGUACGUGCCCGGGGAAAGCGUCGCAUUAUCCGCCGUCGUCGACAAUAGAUCGCGGACACUCAUCAAGGCUACCAGAGCGGCGUUGACAGAGACGAUCCAGUACGUGGCUCACGGCAAGGUGGCGGCGCGGGAGGUGCGGGAGCUGGCGCGCGUGGCGCACGGCCGGGUGCGGGGCGGGCAGGCCCAGCGCUGGCGGGACGUGCUGUACGUGCCGCCGCUGCCACCCACCAACCUCAGAGGCUGUCAUCUCAUAUCCGUGCAGUACGACGUCUUUUUCAUCCUUGAACCGAAGAGUCUCGAAAAGGAAGUGAAACUCCAACUUCCGGUACUGCUAGGCACAUACCCAUUCAGAGACGACGACGCGGAACGCCCGCCCACGCACUACCCCACCACGCUGCCCAUCUUCAGGCCCUGGCUGGCUGACAAACAGUCGCAGUGACAUGCGAUCACACCUCUAGUGUGAAACCUCUGUGGCUCGUCAAUCAAAGAGGUUAUAGAGUCUAUACUGUAUGCAACUCACUGACAGAAAAAGCACGUCCUAACCUCCUUGGUUCGGCGACCAUAAAGGUUGUAUAUCUUACUGUCAUAAUAAAGAUUGAAGUACACUUUGAGAUCCGGUGAAAUGUUUGAUGUUGAACAUAAUGUAAAGUUCUGUAUAUUUGGAAUAUUUUUCAAACAUUUGAUAUUUUAUAUGCAUUUACACUUAGAUGUAAUAACUUUUGUGAUUAUUAUCACACGUAGCCGACUCGCGUCUCCAAUAUACUGCUUAUAUAGCGAAUAUUUUAUAAAAUAAAAUAUACCAUAGAGAAAUCUGGUGCUCAGUAAAUAGGUGCAAAAGCAUUUAAAUUUUUAAAUGUCUAUGGUGUAAUUUUUUUUAUCCGUAUGAAUUGUGUUCGGUGACAUAUCAAUGUUCUUUUGUACUUAUUUUUAAUGUUUUUUUUUAUCUAGUGUGCCAUUUUAUAUCUUUAAUAUUUUACUUAACUGUGUUAUCUAAAAUUUAUCAUAAAAAAAAAUAUUAAUAUUAUUAUUAAAUUCAAAUUAUAUGGCAAUGUAUAUAACUAACCUGUGAUAUAUCGCUCCGUCCGUUUAUGGUAGCAUUACUUACUACGAGUUAAAAUCUAGAAUAAGGGAAAUAUAAUCGAAAUAAAUAAUCCUUAUAAUAAACGACAGCAGUUUUA